UCCCAUGCAGGUCAGGCCGGGACAAACCAGACCCUAACCUUAAACAAACAAGCGCACACACGCACAAAGCGUCGGCUCGCUAUAAAAGACGCACACAUCCAGCAGGCUGCUGGAGUCAUGACGGAGAGCGGCGGGACUCUGCAGCGCCUGAGGAGUUGUUGCUUUGCUUGCCGGACACCACACUUACAGCUCUGGCCUCCAUCUUGCUGCACCAGAGACAAAGCCAUGACAGCCUUCAAGGGCAUCUGGACUCAGGAGUUCUGGCGCUGUGUAGGGGCAGAGUUCUUCUCCAUGCUGCUUUUUGUCCUGAUCAGCCUUGGCUCAACCAUCAACUGGGGGGCUAUUGAAGAGGAUCCCCGCCCCCCUGACCUGGUGCUCAUCUCACUCUGCUUUGGCCUGACCAUUGGCACCAUGGUGCAGUGCUUUGGCCACAUCAGUGGUGCUCAUAUCAAUCCGGCAGUCACAGCAGCCAUGGUGGUGACCAGGAAGCUCAGUCUGGCUAAAGCUGUCUUCUACCUGCUAGCCCAGUGUGUAGGAGCCAUAGUGGGAGCUGCCAUUCUGUUCGGGAUCACCCCAGCCUCUGUUAGGGGUGACAUGGGGGUCACCAUGGUAAACACGAACAUCUCAGUGGGAAACGCUCUGGUUGUGGAACUCUUCAUCACCUUUCAGCUGGUCUUCACUGUGUUUGCCACUUGUGACCACAAACGUAAUGACCUGAAGGGUUCAUCUGCUUUGGCAAUUGGCCUGUCUGUGUGUGUUGGUCACCUGUUUGCUAUUCCCUACACUGGAGCCAGUAUGAACCCUGCUCGAUCCUUCGGCCCAGCCGUGGUCACGUGGAGAUGGGAAAACCACUGGGUGUACUGGGUGGGUCCAUCUAUUGGAGGAACUCUGGCUGCAGCCUUGUAUGAGUAUCUGUUCUGUCCAGACCCAGAGCUGAAGAAACGUUACUCGAAUGUCUUCAUCAAGACUCCCUUCACUGCUGCUAAACACCGGCAAGACUCAGUUACAGCCCAGGAGCCUUUCUUCACUGUUAUGGAUGUGGAGAGAGCUGAGAGGAAGGAAAGAGAGAGGGAGAGAGAGGUAUCGGAGGAGGUGUUGUCCUCUGUAUGACUAGAGAGGAGACACAGCACCGAUGACCGGACUGUCCAACCUGAAGGACACUGACCUCCUGUAGACUGGCACGCAAGGGCAAAUUACAGAAAGGAGAAGGAGAAGCAAACUUCUUGAAUAAGCAAACACAUUAAGGAGACUAUUUACUAAGAUGGUGCCCUUCUUUUGGUGCCAAAUAGUAAGACUGAGUUUGUCCACGUAAACUGAAAGACUGUAAAAUAGAAGGAAAAAAGUGGCAAUGCUAAAAACUGCGUGUGUGCUUGUGCAGUAUCUAUUUUAAGGGUGUUCAAAUUUAGAAUAUAUAAUGGAAAUAUGUGAAUAUCACUACUGCACCGACAGUAUAUUUAUCACUGACCAUAGAACAUAUUCACUGGCAGCCGUUUUCCUUUGAUAUCACACUCAGGGUGGGAAGGUGGAAUGCUGGGAUAUUGUCAUACUGCUGUGUUCCAGGUUAAGAAUCUGAUAAAUUGUUACUGUUUCACCACUUUUCAAUUGAUUGAGAACUGAAAAGACAAUGAUAAGUGACAAUCUGAAGGGAGAUCAGGCCAUAUUUCAAAGUGAAACCAAAUAUUUUGUAACCCAUUUGCUACCGUCAAUGGGACCAUUCAGCCGCAUCCUAGUUAACGUGACCGUUUGAUGGUGUAAUACGCUAUGAAUUAAUUCUGAGGUAUCGCAGCACAGAUUCAUAUGAGCCUGGAUAUAAUCAAGCUUGCAAUAUAACAUAAUAUAACAAAGCAGGCA